CGGCUUCUGUCCCCUUCAACCACUGAUGUUAUUAUGUUUUAAAACAGUCGAGUCCUUCAUUGUUUCUCUUUGUUUCAUUUGAAUUGUCCCUCUCCCCACUGUUUUGUUAUCACCAUCGUUGUGAAAGGUGCCUCAGAGUGAUUCAUCCCUACGGCGGUGACGAUCUUCGCGCUGCACUCGAAAGGGAAAGGAAACAGCUACUUCUCCAUUCCUGGCGUCGUCCGUCGCGCUAACGAGUGUCUGAACCUUCCCGGCGAGCAGCGGCUUCUCUCCGGCUUCACACAGGGAUCCUCGCCCGGCUCUUCGGACUCCCUCUCCCGCAGAGCACCGCUGUCCACCGCGAGCAUUUCGCUGUGAAAACCCCAGGCGCCAGAUUUAUCGAGCCCGACUGCACGAAGUUGAUAGGCAAGCUAGCUAGCUCGCCACCUAGCUACGUCUCAGCUAGCUUGCAGUGCUGGUCGGGGGGGGAGCAGCUUUUAUUCUUUCUUUUGUUUUGUUUUUUUUCUUUGUAAAGUCAUUGUUUGGGAGGGGGCGUCGCUUUUGCAUCGUCCUACGACCCGCCGUGGCUGUUCCACCCGGGAUUCUGACCUGUAUUUGCGGUGUGGCACAGAGCGGUAAGCCGGUUGGUUGACGCUAGCGUGCUUGAUUUAGCCUGCUAGCUAAUACCCUGCGUAUUUAGCCUGGAAGCCAGUUCAAGGCCUCAGCCCGGCGCCACCAGCAGCUGCCACCGCCGCCAAAGUGUUAGCGUCGCCCCGCUGUGAGAAGUGACAGCUUACUUGGUGACGCAGAGACUUCUCCCUGAGGAGCCAAGAAGCAGACGGCUCAUGACUUCUGACCAGGACACGAAAGUUGUAGCUGAACCACAGGUGCAGCAAGUGCAAGAGGCAAAAGAGAACUCCCAUUUGGAAUCCGCCAAGGUUUCAGACCUCAACCCCAAUGCGAAGGCAUGGGCCAACCACAUGUUUAGCCUGGACCCAAGCGGGAGUGCUGACACCACAACUGCUACCCUGCAGCCAUGGAAGGAAGGCUGCGAUAGUUUGGCUGACCCCGGCCCAGAAGGCUAUGAGGGCAGUGAAGACAAGGCUUACAAGGAGCCACUACUAACCGGCCCAGAUGAGCCUCCACCGGUUCCAGUGAUGCUGGCUGAGCCGGCCCCCGCGGCCACCGUCACCCUGGAGUGCGCCGAGCCAGCCUAUCCAGAAUACCCCGAGCCCGGACAGCCUGGGCACACAGCAGGCAGUGAUCCCCAGCCUGAGAAUCCCCAGGAGGGCUUGAGGGAGCACCUGAAGAAGACCCUGGAGUUCUGUCUUUCCCGGGAGAAUCUGGCCAGUGACAUGUACCUCAUCUCCCAGAUGGACAGCGACCAGUACGUGCCAAUCGUGACGGUGGCCAACCUGGACCAUGUCAAGAAGCUCAGCACCGAUGUCGAGCUGAUCGUCGACAUUUUACGAUCUCUGCCAUUGGUCCAGGUGGAUGAGAAGGGGGAGAAGGUGCGGCCCAAUCAGAACCGCUGCAUCGUGAUCCUCAGGGAGGUUCCAGAGACCACGCCCAUCGAGGAGGUCGAGGCUCUUUUUAAAGGAGACAACUUACCCAAGUUCAUCAACUGUGAAUUUGCCUACAACGACAACUGGUUCAUCACCUUUGAAUCAGAAGCGGACGCACAACAGGCAUAUCAGUAUCUGCGGGAGGAGGUGAAGACCUUCCAAGGGAAGCCGAUUAAGGCGAGGAUCAAGGCGAAGGCAAUCGCUAUCAACACAUUCAUGCCAAAGAACGGUUACCGGCCGGUGGAGGUGAACCCGUAUGCCCAGCAGCGCUACACGUCCUACUACAUCCCGCCGGUGUACAGCCCCCAGCAGCAGUUCCCUUUAUACAGCCUCAUCACGCCACAGGCCUGGUCGGCCACACACAGCUUCAUCGACCCCACGCUGGUCGCCCCAUUUCACAACAACCAGUUCCUCAACGGAUUUACGACAUCACACAGUUUCAAACCAGCGACGUCCCCCCUCACUGUCAGACACUACUCGCUCAGGAACAGGAAUCACAGUAAACCUCACUUGAGGCCGACCCUCCCGACAGCGGACCGCAGCACAGGGCUUCUGGACAGCCCGGCCCUCUUUCCCAGCUUCCCCAGCGAGAGGCUCAAUGGUGUGCGCAGCAGCCCGCCGACACGACUCCCCGCCAGCCAGCCCAGAACGAGGUUACCCUCCACCGCGGCCUUCCCCCGUAGGGACACCGUCGGCACAGGGCGAGUAACUGAGCCCACAUCCACAGACUACUCCCUGGGCAUCGGUCGAGGAAGGAAAAAUGUUUCUGCUUCUAGGAAAAAGAGGGAUGAAAAGUUUACAAGAGUGACGCCCCAGUCGCCACCGCCUCCUCCCAAACCCCCGUCUCCCAGCUUCGAGCUGGGCCUCUCCAGCUUCCCCCCCCUGCCCGGAGCAGCCGGCCAGCUCAAGACAGACGACGUGUUCGACAACCGACUGGCCAGCAGCGUGGUCGUCGGAACAGCCAAGGAACGGAAUGUAAGUGCGGAGUCCGCUCCUGGAGCAGCUCUCUCCCCAGCCGGCAUUAAAGAGCCACUUCGGUCCCCCACCUCCCCGAAGCCUACAAACUUCCAGCCCUCGCCGACCCCCCCGACCCCGGCCCUGACCCCCGCUGCCGGCCCACCGCACAGCCCUGCUCCCUCCCUCCCCGCAGCGGAGGUGAAGGUGGUGGAGGUGAAGCCAAAGGAGGUGCAGUCGUCCGUGGAGCGAGUUCCUGGCACUCCUUCCACUGCAAGCAAAUCAGUGCAAGUCAACGGCGCUGCCACAGAGCUGAGGAAGCCGUCCUACGCCGAGAUCUGCCAGCGGGUGAAGGACGGCCCGACAUUACAGCACCCACCGACCCCUAAGGAAGCCAAGCCACCCUGCGCUGUCCCUGCAGGCGAGGAGAGGAAGUGCCCGGACGCCUCGGCCAAUGCAGGCGACACCAAGUUCAGAGAGACACACCCUCCCUCCUCCAAAACCGGCUCUGCGGCCAUCACCCCGGGCAGACCCCCGAGGGAGGGCAGAAGGCCGGCCGGGCGGUGGGCCUCCCCGCCCCCACACCCAGGGAAAACCCCAAGCAAAGAUUCCCACCACACCCCGCCCAAGUCUCCGCAGUAGGAAGACUCCCUGCCCCUCCCAAGUCCGCCGACCCCCUCCCCACUAUGCUCCACUGAUGCGUUUAAAAAAAAAAAGAGGAAAUAUAAGUCAGGGCUACUCAAUACUUAUAUCCCAGAUCACCAGUCACAAGAGGACGCCUUCUUUUCUUGAUCAGGGCUUGCAGACAAAAAGCACUUUACUGUGCAUGUAGAGCACCGUUUCAUUCUUUUUACUCUAUUUAUUUGCUUCUUUUAUUUCACUUUUAUUUCUCCUUCUCUCUGUUUGCAUUGCGUAGUUGUGUCAGUCUGCAAGUUGGCACAGACGACACUGAAACGUAUUCAUUCUGUCCAGACGGCCUUGUGGAAUUAGAGUAGUCUGGUGUGUGUGAAGCAGCAGGGCAUUGUGGGAAGCCGCCCUCGUGGAUGAUGGGGAAAAAGUGCGCACAACAGACUCCACCUUGUUUGGCUCUCAAAGCGACGGGCCUGUUUGCACUUUGAGUGGCACUGCUGUGCAACGUGAUGUAGCUUAAUUAUGGGUCCUUAUUAGCAGACGUGUUUUUUAAUACAUAAUCACAUUCGUAUGCAACUUCACAUCUAAUUCUCAUCACAACAAGACUCUGGAUUCCUCGGUUUACAUCACCUCUGGGUUGUUUGUUCCAGAUCCAUUUACAGCGGAUGACUUUUCUUUUUCUCUCGUGGCGUUGUGUUUGCAGACUGUCGGUACAGUGACUGCUGUAAAGCGUCGCCUCAGCGGUUUCUUCCACUGAUCGUUGUGUCUGUACAGAAUCGCCUCCCUCUGCUUGUCUUUGCUCUUUGCUCACACUGCUGACCGGCUCAUUACGUCGCAGAGCUUGUUGAUGCGUUACCAGUGUCGGUUUUAGCGUCAGGCAGGAAGAGCGGUUUGGAUACCGCUAACAAACAUUUCGCUGAGGUGUGAAGAAAUUUAACAAGUCAGGGGAAGCUCAGUUUUCUUGGCAUUGCCCUUUUUGAGAAAAGGUUUCACAUCCUAUCGAAACCUGUGGAGUCUGACCAUCAGCAGGCACAUGUGAAAGACGCAGGUUUAGGGACAAACCUUGGUUUCAGUUCUCGUCUGAACCAGUUUGGAAAUGACCACUCGCUCUCAUCCGGACACUUGUCGGUGAGGAGCGUAGGGUCGAGUUUUUGGUACAGCGUGGUGACAGUGGCAUGUUUCUACUGGUUUCUCCGACUUAUGGUGCUAGGUGUCGACUCCUGGAAUCUGUUAGUACAACUCAUCUCAUACUAUCUAUAGAAAUACUUGAUUUGCAUCUGCAGAAAUUAAUUUGCACUGUUUUGUGUUUUCUCAAGGAAAAUGUAUUAGAUUUUCCUACCUGAGGCAAAAAAAAAGAAAAGGGAAUUGAUCCUGAACACCGAGGAAUACAACGAGAUGCAAAUCCAGUUUUCCAGGAGCAAAUGAUCUGAAGGACCCGGUAACUCGAUCUCUGAAGAAACAGCAGCUGAAGCCUUCUGGUGUUUCUCACUCUGCCUUGUGGAUUCCUGAACACACUGUGGUGCAGGACGCUCUGCAGCAUCGGUUCUGUCCAGCUGGUUUUAGUCCCGACGGCUCGUCACUGAAGUUAUUAGUUUUUUUUAGUUUUUUUUUAUGUUUCCCUGAAGGAUGUGUUGCUAGUGGAGGGGCACGAGUUGGUUUAGCUUUUCUGCCUCUGGUUUUAUGUCAGUGAGGAUUUUCAUUGCAAGGCUGCUUUGGUGAAAACUGAAAGUGAGACGAGAGGAUUUUUAGGAAAAAGUUAAAUGAAGAGUGGGGUCUUCUUGGGGGGGGGGGGGGGCUUAGUUUGAGAUGUUGGAGUGUGAAUUAUUUGCUCGUGGCUCAUGUUUAACAACGUAAUGAUUUUGGCCGACAGGAGUCAGGCGGGUUUACAGCAGGAACGUGAUGAGGGACAUCUGACCGUGUCCUGUAGGGUCCGUCUCUGGAGUGAUGAUGUGCAGCUUCUCCUUUCUCCUCAGUGUUGAGUCUAAACCACUCGGGUUGUUUUUUCCUUUUGUUCCCGUUUGUCUCAAGACACGUUCUCAUCAGUUUCUUCUCAUUUGAGUUUUUCACAUGUUGAUUUGUCCCGAGUUUAUAACGGUUUCUUGUAAACUAAAAAGAAAAAAGCAACAUUGGGAAAGUUUUACCGAAGCACACAGUCUCUUCUUGCUACGUGAGUCCUGUCUUCUCGAAUAAAUUGCAGCCGACAGAGGUUAAACUUAAAGCACAGAGUAAAGGAAAACAGCCUUUGACAUCCUCUUACUCACCAGGAGCCCGAGGUUCAGGAUGGAGAUGUAAACACCGUCCGCCGAGGUCGGGAUUGUGACGUGUGAGCUGGUGGAAGUGUUUCUGAGUAAAGUAGCAAGAUCACAGAUUCAGGCAGGGAAGUGGUUGAUUGGGUCGAAAUGGGUUACGUCCGUUUUCUGUAGCAGCCACUUUGGCAAAUCCCGGAUGUUUUACUGUCGUCUAAUAAUGUGAUCAGUGGGUAAAAUGAAAUAAAAGAAAUGAAAAAAAAGCCAACACAUAAAACCAAUUAAAAACAUUUGCUUUCUGGGACGUAUCAAGCUGGAAGAGAGAACCACUCCCUGCUCCUCAGUCGUGUGCUCGGGUUUAUCUUUCAAAGUUCUCCCUUCAGAUGCAAAAUCCUUACAAAACUAGAAAGGAAAUAAUAAAAAAAUAAUAAUAACCACUGUACUAUACACGGUAUCUUUAAACCUACGCGACGUGGGACCUCGUCUGUCUCGCCAAAGUCUUCCUGCAACAAUAAUGAUUCUGGGAAAUUCCACUAAGAAAAGCCGUGUGUAGAAGGGAAGCUUCAUGAAAGAGCCGUGCUCCCGCUCAUAGCUGCUUCUGAUUUGGACGCUAAAUCUUGAGUUUGCUAUAAUGAUUUUUGUUUGUCUGUUUUUGAAGGACUGAGAUGCACUUGGAUGGGUCAAUUAUUAUUUUUCCCUUUCUUUGUCUCAUUGGUGGAAAUGGUAAAAGACAUGAACAUUCACCAUAUCCACUUAUUUGUAAACCAGUGCUGUUUAUUCCAUGAGAAAUAUCAUUAAGUUUUUAUUUUUCUUUCUCAUUUCGUUUUUUUUUUUUUUGUAGGGAGAAGAAAAAGAAUAGAGAUGCGUCGAUGUCUCUAUCUUUACACAAAAUGUAAAAAAAAUAAAUCCAUCCAGUGUUUGAGAAACUUGAAUUUUAUUUAAACUUGAAAAAUGACUUUGCCUUAACUUUUAUACAAGAAAAGCAUAGAGUUUAUUUCUUUUCACAAAAAAAAUCCCCAAAUGUUAAAGUGUGACACGUGGAAAAUAUUUAGUCGUACUAGACGUCACAAGUCUUACACAGAGAGAGGGAGAGAGAGGGAGGGAGGGAGGUAGAGAGAGAGAGAGAGAGAGAGGGAGG